AUGUGCAGAGGUAGGAAUGACCUCGCCGUUCCCUCGGAGCCAAUUCACAUCCUGCUGUAUCUGGAGCCUUUAAUCGCGUUGAUCAUUAUCGCCAAUGGCAUCUCCAUUGGAAUUCAGACAGAUCCACUGUAUGAGGGCUGGCCCUACUGGAUGUAUGUGGAGCUUGGCUUCGUAGUGCUUCUCUCCAUCGAAAACUUGACCCGCACCGCUGUGCUUGGCUGCCGUGAUUUCUGGUGUGGGGCCGAAAGGGGUUGGAACUGGUUCGACUCUUUCGUGACUUCCAUUGGUGUCGCAGACGUCUCCUGGCAGCUGCUUGCCACGGAUUCUCCGGACAUCGCCGGCACCUUGCUGCUGCGCUGCUUCCGCUUGGUGCGUUUGGCCCGGGUCGUGCGUGUCUUCCGCUUGAAGAUCAUGUCCGACCUCCGCCUCAUGGUUAGGGGCCUCGUUGCCGGCAUCUGGACACUGGCGCUGGCCUUCUGCCUCCUCUUCGCGGUCCUGUACCUCAUCGCAGGCCUGGCCUCCUUCACCAUUGGCCGGGACAGUCGGAUGGCAGACCUUGGUAUGGAAGAUCUGUUUUACAACAUCCCGUGGUCCAUGUUUACUGCCUUUCGCUGUUUCAUCGGCGACUGUAACACCAUGACUGGUGAGCCGAUUAUGCUGGUCCUCGCCGAGCAGUUCGGAGUGGUCUUUGUUUUUGGCUACGUUUGCAGCUACAUGCUGGUGGCCAUGGGCAUUUUCAAUGUAAUCCUUGCGGUCUACGUGGACAUUACCAUGCGAGCUGCGAAAGAGAACGACGCCGUCACCGCAGAGCAGUACAAUCGUGAGUCCAUUCGAAUCGCCCGUGCAACCCGAGAGUUACUGAAGAAAUUUGCAGCUGCUUAUCAUGUUUUCCACGUAAUUGAAGAUCAUGCAGCUGAUAUUUCUCGACUGGAAAUCAGCCACGGUGCAACUCUGUUUACCGACGACGAGAUUCACGAUGAUGUGGCCAUUACCAAAGAGCUCUUCUUUCUGGUCAUUCAAGAUCCCGCGGUGCAGGCAUUGAUGGAUGAGCUCGACCUUCCGCCGAACCGCGCGCAGCUCUUCGAAGUGAUCGAUUCAGAUGGAAGUGGUACCCUCCACAUCCAAGAGCUGGUUCAGGGCCUGUUGAAGCUGCGAGGGGAAGUCAACAAGGGCGAUGUCGUCGCUCCGCUGUUGGCAGCCCGCUCUGUCCAGACAUUGGUGACAAGCCUACAGGAGGACUUUGCGAAGUACUUUGGAGGACUCCCGGGCUCUCGUCGGGAGGAGCCGUUUCUCCGAAAGCCUCAGCCUGCGCCCUCGGUCUUCGGGCCGCGGCUGGGGGUGAAACUCCCACAGCGCCCCGAGGCUGCAGAGGCCGAGAUGGAGCCUCUGCCGCCCUACGCAGACUCGCCCCGCAGCCUCUGA